UCCACCCAGAUUAAGACGUACUCAUGGGACAACGCCCAGGUAAUCCUGGCGGGGAACAAGGCUGACAUGGAGGAGGAAAGGGUGGUGUCAGUGGAUAGUGGUCGAAUGCUGGCCGAACAGCUUGGUGAGUGGACAACUACACUGUCAGUCAUAUCACCCUCAAAUCAGUACACUCAGAAAGGGACAAACACUGGCUGGAGAAAUAGGUUUGACUAAAAUAUCUCAGGUACGUCACGUGUUGAUAUCAGUGGAUCAUUUAUUAGAAAGUCCAAGCUGGCAUGUCUAAUUUUGUAGAAAUUUGAGAUUCAGUCUGAAUCAAUUUAAUGUAAUAUUUGAUGGUAAACUUUUAAUGAUAACAUUACAAACUUUUUACUGGGUUAUUUGAGGAGGGUCCAAAAAGGUAAUCUGAGUGUGCAAAAAAAGAGAUCUGGAAGGUCCAAAAAUGGAAUCAGGAAUUUCAAGAAAGGGAUCUAGUACACGUCCCAUAACCUAGUCCGGAAGUCCAAGGAAGUUAUCCCUCUGUCGUGUAUUAUUCAUUAGAGCCUUCACUAGGCUCCUCUAUCGCUAGGCCAUAAUUAAACACUUCUAAUUGGCUGACACACUCCAGAACAGCGCCUCAUUCAGCCUCUUUCUGAUUGGUGAAAAGCGCAUAGAAGGGGAAGAAAUCUGUGAAGCAAUAGAAUAAUACAUAUCCAAAUAUUCUCUAAUAGGUCACUGAAUAUGCACACACACACACAGAGACACACACAGAGACACACACACACACAGACACACACACAGAGCCAAAACCCUGAUAUCUCACUUCUCUGCCUGACCCUUUCUAUCUCUCAGGGUUUGAGUUCUUCGAGACGAGUGCUAAGGACAAUGUCAACGUAAAACAAACAUUUGAGCGUCUCGUCGACCUCAUCUGCGACAAGAUGUCCGACAGUUUAGAGACUGACCCGGCUGUCACCACAGGAACGCCCAACGCUAGGCUAACUGACAACCCCCCUCCCUUGCAGCAGCCCAACUGCGGUUGUUAA